AUGGUGAAUUUUCCAGGGUAGUCUGGUGUGCUCGCCUCCUUCUUCUUCAUCCUGCUGACCAUGAAGCUGUCAGAUGACUUUAGAGUGGUUGGUCCUGCCCGUCCUAUCCUGGCCAGCGUAGGGGAGGACGCCCUGCUCCCCUGUCAGCUCCUGCCCAGGAGGACCGCCGUGCACACGGAAGUGCGGUGGUACCACGCGGAGCCCGGCGUGCCGGUGUUUGUACACCCGGACGGGGCGGCGGUGACGGAGAUGCAGGUGGAGGAGUACAGGGGCCGGGUAGAGCGGACAGAGGACGACGUUGCUGAGGGACGUGUGGCUCUGAAGAUAUACAACAUCCAACCAUCUGACCAUGGGCAAUACUGGUGCCGUUUCCAGGAAGGAAACUAUGGUGCAGAAACAAGCUUGCUGCUCAAAGUAGCAGGUCUGGGCUCUGCCCCUGACAUCCACGUGGAGCGAUCUGUGGGAAGCGGAGUCCAGCUCGCGUGCACAGCGAAGGGCUGGUUCCCAGAGCCCCAGGUUUACUGGGAAGAGCGGGGAGAGAAGUUGCUGACUGUGUCUGAGCGUCACACCCAAGACGAAGAUGGCCUGUUCUACGGGGAAGACAUGCUUGUGGUCCGGAAUGUCCCUGCAGAGACCGUGUCCUGCGUCAUCCACAACCCCACCCUGGCUGAGGAGAAGAGGUCAGUCAUCGACAUCGCAGAGAAGCUCCAGACUGUGCUGGCUUCCUUAAAAGUGAUUGGACCUUCCCAGCCCACCCUUGUCAGAGUGGGAGAAGACAUACAGUUGACGUGUUACCUGUCCCUCAAGGCUAAUGCACAGAGCAUGGAGGUGAGGUGGGUCCGAUCCCACCAUUACCCUGCUGUGCAUGUGCACGUGGAUGGGGACCCUGUGGCUGGAGAGCAGAUGGCAGAGUACAGAGGGAGGACUGCGCUGGUGAGUGACGCCAUCAACUAGGGCAGACUGACCCUGCAGAUACGCAGCGCCAGACCUUCAGAUGAUGGGCAGUACUGCUGCCUUUUUGAAAAAGAUGGUGUCUACCAGGAGGCCAGUUGGGAUCUAAAGGUGGUAGGUCUGGGAUCUUCCCCUCUGAGCACCAUGGAGGCCACCAAGGCUGGAGAAGCACAGCCAAUGUGCUCCUCACAUGGGUGGUUCCCGUGGCCCCAAGUGCAGUGGAGGGACACAGAAGGAAAGAAAAUGCCACCAACUUCUGAGAACCUGACUCAAGGCAGCCACGGGCUGUUCCAUGUGGAGACAUUUCUGUUGGUGACCAACAUCACUGCUGCUAACGUGGCUUGUUCCAUCAGCAGCCCGCUUCUGGGUGAGGAGAAAAUGGCCAGUUUUUCUGUCUCAGGUUGGUGA